AUGGAACACUUGUGCCCGGAAAUCGAACGGUUGGUUUCGUGUUACACGUGCCACGCUCAGUCGUUGCCGCCGUACCGGUUAUGCUGGAGCGCUCACGUUGGUUGUCCGCCGUGCGUCAAAUAUAUGCUGCGGUGCGGCUGCGGCAGCCGUUUCAAUCGCAACUCAAACAUAACGUUCGACUGGCUGGUGUCAUCGCUGACGUUCCGGUGCAAGUACAGGCCGGAGCCGGGCGACCACCACCACGGUGACGGAAUCGUUGUCCGCAGCGACUUCGACGUUAACGACUGCGGCCACGAAAACCGACGGUUCUCAGUCAAGGAACUGCGCGAACACUACCGGUCCGGGUGCGCGUACAAUUUAUUCACGUGCCCGUUGGAAGGUUGCGGUCAUGUGGCCCGCGUUGAAACCGCGGCCGAACACUACGAGGCAGCGCACGGCCCGUUCGAUGCCCUCGAGCCCAACAGCCCGCAGCAGUGUUACGAGAUCGUGUUCAAUGCCUCGUCAACGUGAGUACAGAACAUUUUACUCAAAUCGAAAUUAAGUCGACGGUCAACAUAAUCGCACUAUAAAUAUUGAUAAAAUUAUUUUAGAUUCUUCUAACACAGACCCGGAUUAAGGUUUUUGCCGCCCAUAGGCUAAACAAAAUUUACCACCUAAUUUACAAAUUGAUAUUUUACUUUUAAAAGUGAUACGUAAAAGACCCAUGAGGCGUUCGUAUUAAAAAAAAAUGAUCGUUCAUAAAUUAAAAACAUAAAAUCAAUACUUUAUUUAUACAUUUAAUAAAUAAAAACUACUUAAGAAUAUUAAAAAAAAAAAAAAAAACUUAAAAAUAUAUAUUAUUCAUAUUCUUCACUCUUCAGAUUACAGUCUUACGUCUUGAUUUUUUUUUCACAAAGUCUUCAACGAUGUCCUCAUAUGAUAACUGAUUAGUUAAUUCAUGUUCAAUACUUAAUAUGGCACAUUUAAUCGAUCGUGUGACAUCGUAGAUCAGAGAUAAUUGUUAUUCCCUUCAAACAAGAAUAAUAGCGUUUAGCUGAACAAUUAGUCACUGCCGUAGAUGUAUAUAUUCUAAGUGCUAUUUCUUAAUCUUAUCUUAAUAUUAAUCAGAUAACGAUUUAUGAUUGUCAAAAGAAAUCAAUUUAUAUACUUUAUGCAUGCAAGAAGAAAAAUCGGCGAGACGAUAAAUAAAUUGUAACUGAAUUUUUACAUGAAAGGGAGAUAAUAGGGAUUUUGGGAUUGAAUAAAUAAAUACAUAUUAUUAUUAAUAACAUACCUACUAGAUAUUUGCGUCGAUAAUAGUUUAUUGUUUGUUAUAGGUACAAAUUUAAUUAUCUUCCCAGUUGUCCACCUACAACAGUGACCACAGUACCACACCCAUUCCCAAUAUUAGUUUUUUUUUUCAAUUGUUAUUGCUCCUAAAUAAUUAUGACAAAAAUGUAUUUAAAUUUAAUUAUUAUUAUAAUAUAAUAUUUACAAAAAAAAUUAAUAAGUUGCAGAUAAAAUAAAACUCGUUUAAAAUUUAAAAAAAAACGUAUGUAAUGCAUACAUUUAACGACAUAUUGCAAUAAUUAAAAAGAUUGGACACACUUCGCACGAUGGGUGAGCCACUGUUGUAGAUGAAAAGUGGUGAAGAUAGGAUAAAGAGGGCAAUUUUAUGUUUAUUUAUACACAACAAUUAACUAUUGAUAAAAGACGAUUCUACCCAGAGUUCAAUUGUAAAUGUUUUAAAAGACCAUAACAUUUAAGAUUUUCUUCAAAACUUGUAUAAAAGUUCUUAUAAAAAGAAAAAUUAUGCAUUAAAAUAAAAUUUUUCUUGAUGACCACAAAGUAAAACUUAUAAUAAAUCUCUUUUUAAAUUUUCAAAAAUUUCUGUUCGUUCAAAUAAUUUUGUCUAUUAAGUAGGUACUUGCCUACUGAAUAAAUAUUAUAUGAAAAAAAUAUAAAAAUUAAAACAUCUAUAAAAGCACAAAAAUGGCUUAAAUAUUUUCAAAAUUUUUCUACGUAUAUAAAACACAAAUAUAAUGUUGUCAUCCUUAUGCCAAGUACCUAGAAACAUUUUAAACUGAAUAAUAACAAAAUUUAAAAAAUUAUGAAAUCAUUAUUUUUGUAAAUUUUGUAGUUUUUUUUAUGUUUUUUCUCGGUUUUCCCUUUUAUUGGGAAAAUUCCUGAGAAAAUUAAAAAAUAACUUCCUAAAAUACCACCCCAGAAAAAUUUACUUUCAGAAAAUACCCUACACUUUAUACUUCGGAGUAAGAUUUCUUUUCUUCGGAGAAGAAUUUUCAUACACGGUAUAAAAAAAAAAAUUAUAAAAAAAAGUUGUCCUAGGAAAAUGGCAAUGGUACCCAUCGCCUGCACCAGCUACUGUUGUAGGUAGCAAGUUAGUAAGGUAGGAUACAGAACGGAAUUUAAUGUAUAUCUAUGAGCAACGAUAAACUAUUGCUAACGAAAAAACAAUUCUGAGCGGAGUUCAGUUGUUAGUGAUGCUUUGUCAACAAUAUAUAUCAUAUUAUGCUAAAAUAAUUGAAUUGACAUUUAAUAUAUGUUCUUUGGGGAAAUUUGUUUAAUAAUGAUUUAAUUUUCCCGUUUUUCCUACGUUUUUUCACAUUUUUUGAGAAAAUUCCUGGGAAACUCAAAAAAUGAUCUCCCUCGAGUACGUUAUCAGUCGGACAGAAAAAGUGCUAUCAUUAUAAAUUGUAGCAAGAUUUCUGGUAGACAAGUUAUCAAUAAAGUUAUGAAAGAUAAAAAAAAGAAAACACUUUUGUAAAACCAUAUGCUUCAUUGCUCCACUCAGAAUCUAAAAUAAAUAUCAUUGUAAAACCAAUACAUUCCUCGCUCCGCUCAGAAUCUAAAACGUAUGUUAUUUUAUACUCUACUGAAAAUUCUUCGAUGAAGUACUCGUAUACACGAUAUUGAAAAUUUGCGCAGGGAACAAGCUGAAAUAGUUCAAAAAAUGUUUAACGGUUAUUUCCUGUUCAUUGUAACGCCUCAGCGAAUCGACAACUGUAGUAUGAGGCAACCGCGGCUAUCCAUGCAGAAUAUCAAUCCGGCCGACAGAUUACGGUACACGUACGAUGCGAUCAUUGAGUCUAAAGACAUUUCAGUCAAAAUUACAAUUGUGGAGGAGAACUUCACCGGCGCAAAUCGUGACAUUAAUUUAACCCUUCGCGACGUGUGUAACUAACCUUAUUUGUAAAUAACUUUUUGUUUGAAUUUAUACAACGCGUGCACGCGUGUUUCAUAUACAAUUUUUCAAUAAUAUACAUGUAUUUAAUAUAAAUAUAUUUAUUAAAAAAAUUCAAAACAUGUUUGUAUAAUAUUAUACACUACGAAUAGCUGUUCCGCCCAUCAUUGCAUGUCAAUUUAAUUUCAGCGUUUUAUGUAUAUCAGAUCAUUUAUCAUAAGUGACUGUUUUCAUUUGGUUACAUUUUUAUCUUUUACAUAAACUACUUCUUAAUGAUCAAAUUAAUUAUAAUAUUUUAUAGUUAUAAGUAUUUAAACUAUAAAUCGCAUUAGUCUAAAUGAUUCAGCAAACAUCCAAAAUACAAGAAAUUUGUUUAAGUUUAAAAAACCCUAUUUUGCAUAAAUAUUAAUGGUGACGCAAAGUUGAGCAAAUGACAUUGAAAGCUGGCAAAAUAACAUUUAUUAAAUCAAACUAUCUUAUUGUAUUAUUAUAUGUAUAGGUUAAUCACUAGAGAGGAUUUCAUUCUGUAUUUGAAUCUGGUUUCAAACAUGAGGUUUUGUUUAAAAUUGAUCUAGUUACAGCAGUCCAUUCUAUAUUAAAAUAUACAAAACAAUAUAGUUGACUUUAAAAGUUUUUUUUGUAAAUUUGUGAACUUAAUGUGUAUUGACUUUAAAUUAAUAUGGAGGCUACAGCAACAGGUUGGUUACUUUAUGUUAAUGCUAUAUAUUACAGUCCUCUCUUAGAAAUCAAACAAAAUUAUAGUUAACAAAAAAAUAUUAAUAUUUUAUAUCAAGAAACUGAAGAAAAUAAAUGUUGAUAUUUAAAACUAAAAUCUGAACCAGAAAAAAUAAACCCAAAAUCGAAAUUCGAAAAAAAAAACUAAUUUUCUAAAACCAAAAUUGAAACUGGAAAAAGUUUAAACCGUAAUUGUAUUACUUGUGUUAAUCGAAAAAUUAAUUUCUUCAUAAUUAAUCUGUCUUGGAACAAAUUUUGAUGAACCUAUAAAUUAUAAUUUUUUAAUAAAAUAAAACGAAAAGGUUAUAAAUUAAUUGAAUACUAACUUGACAAAAAUUAGGUGAAUCCAGUUCAGUAGAUGAUAAAGGAUCCAAGUAUACGUCAUCUUUAUUUAAUUGAGAUGCCAAAUUUUCAACAUUAGAGGAUGUUGACACUUUAGGUUGUGUUGAAACAAUAUUAUUUAUAUCAGAAAAAACAUAAACUUUUUCAAAAUUAUUCUGUCUUAGAAGUGCCUGGAUUUUAUCUAAACAAAUGUCAAAAUACUUAUAUAAAAAUAUAAUGUCAAUAUAAUAUGUAUCAUAAAUAAUAAUAUAUUAGAUUGUAUUAUUUUAUAAAUAAUCAAUCUAGUCAUUUUAUUUAAAGUAUAAACAUAGUAUACAAUAUAUAUAUAUAUAUAUGAUGCAGACACGCAAGAAAGUAAAUAAACCAUGUAAUAACAAUAUAUAGUUUGAUAGUAUUUUUCUUUCCUAAUAAAUAAUACAAGUAUAGUAUAAUAUAAGCUGAAGUUUGUUUUUUUAAAUCAUUUAGAAACAUAUAUAUUUUAAUUUUGUGAGUUUUAUACGUAAUUUUUAUACAGUAGGUAUUCUGUAGUAAAAUUAUUAAACUUAAUGGAAAUGUUUGAAAAUUUAACAGAAGGUUCAUUAAAUCUUACUUUGUGAUAAAAAAAAAAUGAGUUUAUUGUAGUAUUUGUUUUUAUAAAGGAAUCUUGAUACUACUUUUUUACGAAAAUUGUAGAUUAUAAGAAACAAAUUCAAUUUUUCAAUUUUUUUUUUUUGUGAACAUAUGUGUGUGUUGCCGAUUUAAGAAGGAUGAUAAAAUCAGAAUUGAGCGGACUGAUAAAUUUCAAAAUUAUAGCUUUUCAAUUUCAGAUAUUACACAGAUAUUACAUGUUAAAUGUUAAAUAAUUCUAUAUUAUCUUCUUUACCAUAUAUUUUUUGUGGUCGAAUGAUCAAGAAUACAUAUUGUCAUAUUAGGUUCGGGGGUUCAAACUCUUGGUAUGAAAGACAUUUUUUGCACUUUUUAAUCCCUUUUACCUAAAUAGGGAAAAACCAAUGCAUUUUAACUGUAACUAGAGACCUAGCUAUUGCUCACUCGGACAAUUUUAAUCGAAAAAUACCCCACGAUUUGUUGUGCAAAAUUUUUUACAAGCAAUUUUGCUUCGAUUUACAAUGAUAGCACUUUUUCUGAAAGUAAAUCUGACUAGGAAUGUACUUUAAGGAGGCCAAUUUUUAAUUUUUCUAAGAGUUUUCUUAGCAAUUGUGAUAAUCCGGGAAAAAACACGAGAAAAAUGCAGGAAAAACAGGAAAAUCAAUACAAUAUUAAACCUACAACAGUAACUGGUGCAGGCGAUGGGUGUCAUUGACAUUAUUCUAGGACAGAUUUUUUUUAUAAUUUUUUUUUAUACUAUAUAUGAAAAUUAUUCUCUGAUGAAAAUAAAUCUUACUCCGAAGUAUCAAGUGUAGGAAAUUUUACCAAAAAUAAAAAAUGUAAUUGAAAUAUAAAUAUUUAUAGUCCUCAUCCUUAUGAGUAAUAUUAAAAAAAAAAAAAUAGAAUUUUGAUUAUCUUUAUUAUUUCCAAAGAUAUUACGAUAGGUAUAUUUUUGUGGGGCACUUUACCUAUAAUAUAUUAUUGUUUUUAAUAAAUUUAUAAGUACUUACAUUCUACAUAGUAAAACAAAUACAUACACUAACUACAGAAUAGUAAUAUCCAUCAGGUUUAUAAAUAUACGUUGUCUUUGGAAACAAAUGUUUCUAAUGUUAUUCGUCCUUUAGUCCUUAUUCAUUUAGAUAGAUUUGGCAACAAUGCUGAAAUAAUAAUCAAUAACUCGACCUCAUUUUGUAUUGUCGGGACUUGGGAUUGGUUAGUCUUCUGUUCAAUCCUUAUGAUAUAAGUCCGUACUUUAUAGACAGCUCAUUGUGUAUCGUCUUCAAUAAAAAUGGUAAAUUAAAUUAAAAAAUUUAAAUAUAUUAUUACAUUAUAGCUCGUCAUUAAUAAUACAACAUUUUUUAGAUUAUUUAGGCAACGAAAUAAUUCAGUAUCUGCAUCUAUUCUAUCCAUACAAAUUGUUACAUUAACUAUUUAUGUGUAUUAUGUGUAUAAAAAUUGUUUCUUUUAGGGUCAAACUCAUUCUUGUUGUCAUGAUAAAAAGGAAACUGACAAGCCCCCAAAGAAGAAAUAUGAACCACCAAUCCCGACCACUGUGGGUAAGAAAAGAAAAUGUACAAAGGGUUCCGAUGCAGCUCAAAAACUACCGACAAGUUAGUAUCUAUUUUUUUUUUUUAUAUUAACACAAUUAACUUACCAUAUUUUAGUUACUAUACAAACAAAAUGUCGAUUAAAAUGUCUGAAAUUGGAGCGUAUCAAGGAUUAUCUGAUGAUGGAAGAAGAGUUCAUACUAAACCAAGAAAGACUAAAGCCUCAAGAAGAAAAACAUAAAGUAAAAAUUAUUUAUAAUAGUUAUUUUAUUUAAGUUAAGUCUAAUUUAAUAUUUUAGUAUUUUUUGGUAUUCCCCAAGUAGAACUAUCUACAAUAGGUACUUUAGACUAUAAAAAAAAACAUUCAUUGAAGGGUUAACAUAUCCAUUAGUAAAAUAAUGUUUGUACAAUUAUAACAAUACUAUAAUAGUUUGUUUUCUAUUAAAAAAAUGUCUAGUAGGUAGAAUUUUAUUAAUUUAGUUCAAUGUUCAAUUUGACCUACAAAUAUUAAAAUUUAAAGUUAUAACAAUGAUUAAUUAUACUGUAAAGUAAAUUAUUGAGUGACCAACACCAGUUCCACUUUUUAUCAUAUCUUGAGCAUAAAUUUAAUUAAUCAUCCGCUGACUUAUUAUUAAUUUCAUAGUUAGUUUUUAUUUAUAUAUAUAUAUAUAUUGUGUAAUAUAUUAUAUACAGGUGAUUGUAUACAAGUGGAUACAGAUUGAUUCAAAAUUUUUGUUAUAGCCAUUUUAUCAUGCAAAUAUUCAAAAUAGAAAAAAAAAUGAACCUUUUAAAAUUCAAAUGAGAACCUAUAUUCAAAGUCAAAUAAAUAAAUUUAUUAGAAUUAGUUUAAACAGAAUUUGGUGUUGAAAUUUUUGAUUCUUGUUAUCUAAUAAACUGCCACAUAAAUACUCUACUACUUUGGGUUGACAAAAAUCAAAAAUUUUAACACCAGAUUUAUUGAAAUGGAAUGUAUAGAAUUUCAAAUAUACGUUCUCAUUUAAAUUUUAAAAAUUAACACUAAAACCCCCUCCUAAUCCCCCCCCCCCCCCCCCUCGUUCUGAAAAAAAUGUACAAAUUAUUUUAGAUGCUUAUAAAUCAAAAUAUUUUUGUAUAAUAUGUUUUUUCUUUUUUGAAUAUUUCAAUAUUAAUAUACAUUUUGAAUUACUCUAUAUAUACAAAUAAUUUAUUGUCACAAAAUAAAAAAUAUUAUAUUAAACUAAAUAUAUUCAUCAAACAAUAAAAAAAAAAAAUUAGCCUAUUUAUCCUGAAAUUUGUGAACAUAAAUAUAUUGAAAUUAAUCAAUAAUUUUUUGUUGGUUCAAAAUUCAAUUAUUGUUUUUUGCUCCAAUUUAUGCUUCAUUAAGUAUGCUAAAAACAUAGGCAGGUGUCAUCCUGAAAAGUUACAAUUCGUCCAAAGAUUAAGAUUAGGUUUACUAUUGAUAUACAAAAUACAUAAAUGUGGACCCGAAAUACUGAUCUGUGAUACUCCAAAGUUUAUUACUAGUGGUACCACUAAUUUUGACAAAUUGGUUUCAAUUAGUUAAGUAACUUGUAAACUACUUCAAACUGGACUAAAGUUGGACAGUAUAUUAAAAAGAUAUUUGUUGAUUUACAGAAUCAAAGGUUUUAGAUCAUAGAAACUUGGUAACAUGUUUACAGUCAACAAAGGUCUUGGUAAUGUAUAUUGGUAUGCAAUAAAAGUUAUCUGAUAAUUUCAUGGAUUGUACCUACUCUAUCAUUAAGUCAAAUUCAUUUUAAGAAAUAAUACAAUUUUUUUCUAAGAAUAAUAUAAACUUACUUAAUAUUUAUUUUGAGGAUUCUGCGAGAUUCCGAGAAUUUAGGACAAUCGAUAAUAAUAUUGUGGAUUGAUAGGUUGACUAGGCAUGUUUCACACAUAGAUUUUAGUUCUUUGCUGAUUAAGUAGGAAUGAGUUAAAUAAGUAUGCCCUAUUCUCACUCAGGUAAUAACUAAUCCCUCUCUUCUUGAAAGAAAGGAUUUUCAAUUUUUGGGACAUAUGGUUUUAUGUUUCUGAGUGUAUUUGAAAGAGGUACAUUAAUCCAAUUAAUCUGCCAAUUGUCCAUAUUUAGUAGUAUGACUAAUGCUGCAGACAUAUAUACUAUACAUAAACUUAUAAUAUUAAAUUAAUUUUUGAGGUUUAUACUAAGAAAACCUUAUAGCUAUCAUGUUGCUAAUUUGCAUAUAGAUUUUAAUAUUAGAAAUAUAAAUAGUUUAUUUAUUUAUAAUGGUUUAAAUUCAGAAUGGAGUGAAGAAGUUUAUGGUAUAUAGUGAUGUUUAUUUUUAUUUUUCUGUGGACAAAUUAUCUACCAGAAAUAUUCCUCCGAUUUACAAUGAUUGCACUUUUCCUUAAAAAAAAUCUGACUGGGGAGGUACUUUAGGGAGGUCAUUUUUUGAUUUUCUCAUGAGUUUUCCCAAUAAAUGGGAAAAACUGUGAAAAAAGGGAAAAAUUUAGGAAAAAUGGGAAAAUAGGUACAAUAUUAAACAAGUAUUAUUGAAGAAAAUAUAUAAUGCCUAUGUAAUUAUUUUAUCAUAUUAUGAAAUAUAUAUUGUUGACAAUGCAACACAAUCAACUGAACUCCACUUAGAAUCUUUGUUCCUUAGCAAUAAUUUAUCAUUGCUUACAGAUAUACAUUAAAUUACCCUUAUCUUCCAUAAAUUCUCACCUACAACAGUGGCCCGCUCACAUGCGAAGUAUGUUCGUCUUUUUUUUUUAUAUUGUUUUGGUAGAAAUAUUGAAAUUUUUAAGCCUAAACAUCACUAUCAAACUAGAUUAAAUCAUUGAAUUAAGCUGGAUGCACCAGUUAACAAUUAACUUUUAAUUCAAAAAAUAUCUCUGAUGUUUAAGUUAAUAAUUUAAGACAUUUAAACAUUGGUGAACAUUUUCAUUACAAAAAAAUCAUUUAGAUAUAAACAAUAUAAGGAUAUAGUGUAUACUAUAUAUAAUUAUUUUUCGGUUUUUUUUUUUUUUUUUGAUAUUCCUGACUAAAAUUUUUUUUUUUUAAAUCUUUUUAAAGUUUAUACUUUAUAUAUAUUGUAAAUUUAAAAUUAAUAUUUGAACAUCAUAUAACUAUGUUUCAGCUCCUUGUACACUACUCCAAGAUUAUUUAUUGGGGCAAUACCAACCAAAAUUCUUUUACCUAUAAAUUUAUAUUAAAUUUGUAGUCUUUUUUUUUUUUAUGUGAUUAUUUAGUGUAUCGUUUUGGUUACAUGUAUUAGACUAAUUAUAAAAUGAGAACAUAUAGUAAAUUGAAUAAGUGUAUAAAAAUGAAUGAAAAUAAAAUUAAAACAAAACAAAAUAGAAUACUUGGUAGUAUGAGUAAUAGUGAGUUACAGUAAUACGGUAGCAGAUCAUUUAAGAAACAUGUUAUAUUAUAUUUACUUCAUUUUUUAUAAUAUUUUUAAAUUUCUUAAUGUAUAAUAUCUGUACAAAUUACAGGAAGAAUUGUCUAAAAUUGAAGAUAUACGUGGAAGCCCUAUGACUGUUGGUACCUUAGAAGAUAUGAUUGAUGACACUCAUGCAAUUGUAUCCACAUCUGUUGGGAGUGAACAUUAUAUCACUGUAUUGUCAUUUGUGGACAAAGAUAAGUUGUUUCCUGGAUGUUCAGUACUACUUAACUAUAAGGUAUUAGUACAAUAUAUAUAUAUUCAGCAGUUGAUACUUAUUUUUGUUACAUGCAGGUACAUGCUAUAGUUGGAGUACUGUCUGAUGAUAUUGAUCCUAUGGUAUCUGUGAUGAAACUUAUAAAAGCACCUCUAGAAACUUACAGCGACAUUGGUGGUUUGGAUAAUCAAAUACAUGAGAUUAAAGAAGCUGUUGAACUACCGCUGACUCAUCCUGAGUAUUAUGAAGAAAUGGGAAUUAAACCUCCCAAAGGAGUUAUUUUGUAUGGACCUCCAGGAACAGGUAAAACACUUUUAGCUAAAGCUGUUGCAAACCAAACUUCAGCGACCUUCUUGAGAGUUGUUGGGUCUGAACUCAUUCAAAAGUAUUUGGUAAGAUCUAUAGAUAAAUUUGAAAAAUUUUAAAAUUUUAAUAAUUUGGCUGGAAUAAAUACAUAUUUGUUAAAUUAAUUUAUAAUUAUUAAUCACAGGGAGAUGGUCCCAAAUUGGUCAGAGAAAUAUUUCGUGUGGCUGAAGAACAAGCACCAACUAUAGUGUUCAUUGAUGAAAUAGAUGCUAUUGGUACCAAACGUUAUAAUUCAAAUUCUGGUGGUGAGCGCGAAAUCCAGCGUACUAUGUUGGAACUCCUUAAUCAAUUGGAUGGUUUUGAUUCUAAAAACGAUGUUAAAGUAAAUAAUUAAAUUAUUUAAAACUUGACAUUUUUUUGUAUUUGAACUUAAUAAAAAAAAAAAAGGUUAUAUUGGCUACAAAUCGUAUUGAAACUCUGGAUCCUGCCUUGAUUCGCCCUGGUCGUAUUGACCGUAAGAUCGAGUUCCCAUUACCAGACACAAAAACGAAAUUGCAAAUAUUUAACAUUCAUACUUCCAAAAUGGCAAUUGCUGAAGGUGUAAAUCUGCAAGAACUCAUCACAGCCAAGGAUGACCUCUCUGGUGCUGAUAUUAAAGUAAAUAUAUCAAAACAGAAUUGUAUUAUGUAAAAAAAAAUUAUAUUAGUAUAUAUUUGUUUAUUGAAAACCGUGGUUGCUAUAAACACUUAUUCCUUUUUCUUUGAAAAGACUAAUUUCAAUGAAAAAGAUUAUUUAUUAAGGGUAGUGUGAUUUUGAAGUCAGUGUUGUGUAAAGAUAACUAGACAUUUAUCUAGAUGAAGAUAAUAAAUAUAGAACUUUUAAUUUGGAUUAAAAAAAAGAUAAACAAUUUUAAUUUAAUAACACUUUUUUAUCUUAAAUAUAUAUUAUAUACAGUAUUAAUAUAAUCAGGGCACAGUCCCCCUCUCCAAAGACAUUCCUAAAAGGAACAUUACUAUUUUGGGAAAUCGGCGGAUUUAUGUUAACUAUGUUUAAAAUUGUGCAGACAAAAUUCAAUUAAAAUAUCAUUGUUGUGAAUGUGUAUGUGUGUGUGUGUAUGUGUGAUAUUUAUUAACUUAUUACAACUAUGGACUAUGAUCUACACAAGAUCACAUUGCCAUCAUAGAACUUAUAUUGGGCCUUAUACAAUUAAAAAUUACAUAACAAAAAUUUAUUAAUACUUUAUAUAUUAAAUACUGUUCUAUUUAGUUAUGUAUCUUACAUUAUCCAGAUGGAUUAGAUUAAAUAACCCAAUCUUUUAUCUAAGAUAAUUUAUCAGAAUUACCAAUUUUGAUGAUUAUAAAUAAGAUAAAGAUAAUUAAUUAUUUAGCUAGAUAACUUAUUUAGAUAACGCUCAAAACAGCUUAUAGUAGAAUUUGAUAUUUUUAAGUACUUUUUUCGUGACUUUUUUUACUCUUUUUUUCGAAUUUUGAAUAAGUAAUUAAUACUGUACUAUCUUCCCAACUUUUCACUUAUUACUGUGGCUACACCUGUCCCCAUUAUCCUAGGAUAGCUUAUUGUUAUAUGAACUGGUUGUAUAAUAUCUAUUGUUAUUUAUUUUGUAAAUAAUUAUAUUUAACUAUAACAAAAUAAAUAUAAAUAAAUAGGAUUGGAAUAUUAAUUCUCUAGUAAAGAAAUUAUUAUUAUUAUAAAAUGAAAACAUUUAAUGUGUUACUUGGUUCAUUUGUUAAUUUUAAUAUUUCAUAAAAUAUCAUUAUUAGAAGCUGUCCUAGGAUAAUGGAAACAGAUGCAGCCACUGUAAUAGAUGAGAAGUUGGGAAGGUAGUAGAGUAUUAAUUAAAUAUUCAAAAUUCAAAAAAAAAAAAUCACUGUUAUAGGUAAUUUAAUGUAUACCUGUAAGCAAUUAUAAACUAUUGCUAACGAAAAAACGAUUCUGAGCUUAAUUCAGUUGAUAAUGAUCCUUUUAUAGUAUAAUAAUUAAAUAGGCAUUAUAUAUUUUCUUUAAUAAUAUUUUUUUAAUGUUGUAACAAAUUUCCCGGUUUUCCCAUGAUUUUCUAUGAUUAUCAUAUUUGCUAAGAAAACUCUUGGAAAAAUUGAAAAAUAACUUCUCUAACGUACCUUCGUAUCAUGUUUUUUUUCCAUAAAAAGUGCUAUCAUUUUAAAUCGGAGAAAAAUAAUAAAAGUUGUGUACAGAAAUAAAAAUCGUAAUAUUUUAGUGAUAUAUUUCAUACAUUUUCCCAUUAAUCCUCCAUUUUUUUUUUUGGUGUUUCACAUUUGUUGAGAAAACUCUUAGGAAAAUCACCAAAAUCACCUUCUCCAUGUACCUUUUAUUCAAAUUUCCUUUUAGAAUAGAUGCUACACUUAAAAAUGGAACAAAAUUUUUGGAAAAAAAGUCGCGUACAGAAAAAAAAAUAAUAAAAAAUAAACAUCUUUGUAAAACCAUGUACUUCUUUUCUCCACUCAAAAUCUAAAAAAGUUUAAUAUUUUGUCAUACUGUCAUAUCAAAAGUCUUAAAUAUUAAUUGAUGUGUAUUAAUGUAAAUUUUUUUUUGGUUUUAGGCUAUUUGUACUGAAGCAGGAAUGUCAGCUCUCAAUGAACGCCGCAUGCAAGUGAUAUAUGAAGAUUUCAAGAAAGCCAAAGAUAAAAUUUUAUACCUCAAGAAGGAUAACAUACCAACAGAAUUAUAUUCAUAG